AUGGCUCUUCUUCCUCUCAUUGUUCUAGCUGGGCUCUACCUGUCGAUAGCCUCAGGACAAGCGCCUCCGCAAGCUGAGCCCCUCGAAGUCGUCGAACUUCCACUCCCUCCCGUGGCACCGAGCAAUGAUGUUGGCGCCUGCACCGCUGACGUGAAUCCGCAUCGAACCGGCUGUAUUGGUCAGAAUUCAGAGGAAUUCCAAGCGGGUGAUUUUACCCCGGACGGAAAGCAUGUCGUUGUGAACGUCGAGUUUGUAGGCGCUCCAGCCGCUCCUGAUCCCGCCAGUAUAUAUUCAGGUGAACAGCUUAUUCUCGUCAAAGCCGACGGUACCACGUUUGCCAAUGGUGACUCGUGGAGGUGCCUCAGCUGUGGUGUUCCCGCUGAGAAUGCCAAGUCGCUGGACCCCCAGAGGGACUAUCCACAUGUUGCUCGCAGUGGGAAAAAGGCCCUCUGGGGCCACAACAUCCUGGAAUGCGGCGGUCUCCUUUUGACCAGCGACAAAUGCACUCCGAACAAGACCUUUAUCUAUCCCAUUUAUUGGCCAGUUAACGCGGAUGGCUCGGGACCAGGCGGAUCUCCCCGUGAGAUGCGUAUGCAUCCCGACGAUGAGCACAUGGGAUGGAGCUCCUUCACGUCGACUGGAGGACAACAUGCUUACUUUGGCCGCCUGAAGUUCAAUAAGAAGCCAUUGACUGGCGACGUCCUAGCCCCUCGAUAUGACCUGGCAGAUGUGAACGUUCUGAUUCAACCCAACGGGGCGGCUGCUAUUAUGGCAAAAGGCGAUGAACUAGAGCUACACGACGAAGCCAUCACCGUCGGAGAGUUGCGCGGAUUCGGCGGCUCUGGUGAUGAGAUUCUUUACAUUGGCUCCCCUCGGGAGGCAAAUAAUAUCGAUGUGUUCGCUGUCCAUGUAAUCACUGGCGCCGUUCGUCGGCUGACGAGUCACCCUGAAUAUACCGAUCCAGUCGCAUUCUCCCAUGACAACAAGUGGUUCGUCGCAAUGGACACCCGGGGCUCGGAUCGCCAGAUGUGGAUGUCUGGCAUGCGCAUGGUCCCUCCCCUGAUUGACCUUGUCACUGUCACAGCAGCAUCUUCCACCCGAAACAAUGGCCAGCGUCGCUUUUUCCAGCCUAUCUUGAUCGACCGCUACGGUAAUCGCGGAGACUACUUUGGUCAGCAAGUCAAUACUGAAGGUGACGGCAGUAAUGGGAGCGUCAACGACCCAAACUGGAACGGCCGCGCGGAUCCAGCCUUUUCCCCAGAUAGCACUCGCAUUGUCUUUUGGCAAGCCUUGGUGACGUCUCCCGCCUGCGGAGGCGUGAACCCCCUCGUCUGCCCUAACUCGACCGCUGACGGAGGGCGCACCUACCGUCUCAUGUUGGCUCAUCGUACAAGUCGCCAACCCACGAAACCCGCCCCAGUGUUCAAAGUCCCGGCCGCGAUUCCCUGGGCGACACCAUUCCCCCCUGGUGCUACUAUCCCAGAACAAUACAGCCUCCCAGCAGGGAAUUACACCCUCAAAGGGCAGGUCAGUGGCAUUGCAGACGUCAGCAUCGUGGCCAACCCGACAACAGGCGGGUAUCGGACCAUCUCCGUUGAGUACGACGAUUACUCCGAUGAUGGCGAACAUAUAAUAAACGGCUACGAGUCCGUAACUACAACACCUAAUCCCUCCAACCCGUGGUUGAAUCAGCUGGACUGGGUCUCGGAUCUUAUACAGACGGGCGUAGUCAAUGCGACGAAGAAGACGGGUCCAGGGGGGUUCCAGCUGUCUAUUGAUGCCACGACGAACAUCUUCAAUGCGAAUGGGACGUUGACUACAACUAUUGAUGGGGUUGUGUAUAGACAGCCCGCGAAUGGAACUUGA